UCUACGCCUCCGCAGACCACCGUCUCCCCUCCUUCCCCGCCGCGACUACUGACGCAUCGAGCCAUUCGCUCAGCCCGUUGCAGCAAGCAGCUUGCUACUCGCAAGGACGUUGUGUCCUCUCUGCUGGACUUGAGCAUGCUCCAGGCUCAUGAGGAGCGAUUCACCCUCCAUGUCGCUGCAUUGCAUCGCCUUCUCGCCAUCCUCUUUGACCCUGAUCGCACCCUCCCGAUCAUCCCCGUACGACUCGGGACCUCCACGAGGGUGUACUCAGCGCUGUGGGAUUCCGGUUCUCAGGGCGACUUCAUUCACCCACGCGUGAUGAAGGCAGCCCGCUUACCCACGACAGGGUCUCCGACUCCCAUCUCCGUUACCCUAGGGGAUGACAAGACCCAGCGCUUCUUCGAUCAGACGGUCACCGACCUCCCCUUCUUCCUCACUCUCGAGCCGACUGAGCAUUCCCCGGCGUCUUGUCGCCACCUCUCGUCUGCACAUUUCAAUGUGAUGGAGACGGGGUACGACUUCAUUCUCGGCACUUCGUGGUCUCGUCGGUUCCGCAGCACCGAGGCCGAUUGGGCGACCGACACUCUUGUUCUCAAAACGAAGUGUGGACAGACGUAUCGCGUACCUUUCAUAGGUACCACGACGACACCACGCCCCGAUCCUCCUCCCCCGGAGCCUUUAGUGCCCACACCAUCUCCCUCUAUCACUGUCACCUCGCCUCAGCAGUUCGCUCACUUCAUUCGACAGGACGACGUCACCUUCUUUAUGGUGGACGUGACGGAUCUCUUACACUAUGCUCCACCCUGUCCCGACGCCGAGCUCAUCCCUCUGAACCCUGAUCCCCCCUCUAUCUCCAUGGCUCCCAUCUCUACUUCCGUCCCUCCGUCGUCCGUCGAGUCCACCCCGCCGUCGCGCGCUGGCGCUGACGCUGAGGAACUCGCACGAUAUACGGCUGACUUGGAGCCCGCAGUUCGUUACCUCAUCCGAGAGUACCACGACGUUUUCCCAUCAUCGUUCUCGUACACCGGCAUCCCACCGAUGCGUGACGUUGAGCAUUCCAUUCAGCUCAUGCUUGACUAUCAUGUUCACCACCAGGCACCCUACAGACUCUCGAUCCCCGAGGCCACCGAACUCAAACGUCAGUUUGAGGAGCUCUUGAGACUGGGUUUCAUUAAACCCAGCAACUCCUCGUGGCGUGCACCCGUCCUCUUUGCUCGCAAAGCGGAUUGUUUGCUCGCAAAGCGGAUGGAACUCUUCGUCUCUGCAUCGACUACCGCGGCCUCAACCGCUACACGGUUAAGAACAUCUCCCCCAUGCCUCCUACGUGUCCGAGCAGUAGCAGAGUUCCAUGACCAGGCAGCUGCCAGUCAUAUGGGCUUCCUCAAGACGUUGGCUCGUGUGAGCCGCCUGUAUGUCUGGCCGAAGCGCAAGGACUUUGUGAAGGACUACGUCGACGAGUGUCCCACCUGUCAGGAGGUGAACAAUGCGAAUCACCUACCUUAUGGUUUGCUCCAGCCUCUUCCUAUCCCUGAGGGUCGUUGGCAGUCCAUCUCGAUGGACUUUAUCGGUUCUCUUCAACCUCCGACCCCCCGUGGUCAUGAUGCUAUCCUGGUCGUCGUCGACUGCUUCACGAAGCGUGCACGCUUUGUUCCGUGCCGCUAUGCCAUCAGUGCAUGUGAGGUCGCCGACAUCGUAUUUGACCGAGUCGUGCGUGACCACGGCUUACCUCUGAGCAUCAUAUCUGACCGUGACCCGCGCUUUACCAGUGGAUUCUGGCGACGGCUCCACGAGGUGUACGGCACUCAGCUCCGCUUCUCCUCGUCUUACCAUCCUCAGACUGAUGGUCAGACCGAGAUCACGAACAAGACUCUCGGGGAUAUUCUCCGAAAGUUUGUUCGUGAUGACCAGCAGUGGGAUCUCCAUCUUGCCCACGCGGAGAUAGCCUACAACCACGCCGUCUCGCCAGCCACGGGGAUGUCGCCUUACUAUUGCGACCUCGGCAAUCACCCGCGUGUUCCCGCGGACUUCCUUCGACCGUCCCAGGUGCACCCCGAUACGAGUUGUCCCGCGCUGGAUGAUUGGGUUGCACACAUGACGUCGAUUAUGUAGACCGCACAUGAGCACAUAGCCGCUUYCCAGACUCGCAUGGCAGCACGUGCGAACCGAUC